AUGAUACCACCGGGGGACUGCAUGUACGCAGGGAGGAAACGAAGGAAGCCGAUUCAGAAACAAAAACCAGCACCAGUCACAGAGAAGUCCAACCCGUCCAAACGGCACCGUGAUAGGCUGAAUGCAGAGCUGGACCGACUGGCCAGCCUGCUGCCCUUCUCCCCAGAUAUCAUCUCCAAACUGGACAAGCUGUCCGUGCUACGGCUCAGCGUCAGUUACCUCCGGGUCAAGAGCUUCUUCCAAGCCAAUCAGGAGAAACCAUCUCGGAAACAUGUCAGCCCAUCCUCCAUUAAUGAGGUUAGGAAGGAGAGCCUGCCGUCAGAGCCGAGUGUGACGGAGAGUGAACUCCUACUGGAGUCCUUGACUGGUUUUGCGCUGGUUGUGAGCAGCGAUGGAAUGGUGUUCUACGCCUCCUCCACUAUUGUGGACUACCUUGGCUUCCACCAGACGGAUGUGAUGCACCAGAACGUCUUUGAUUACAUCCAUGUGGAUGACCGGCAGGAGUUUAGAAGACAGCUCCACUGGGCCAUGAACCCCACACAGCAGGUGGCCUCCAGCGACCAUCAUUCAGUGUCAGGGACUGGUGAGGAUUUUGUUGUCAGCAGCCUCUUCCACUCCCAGGAGGCAGGUGGCAUUCCACCGGAAUACACAUCUUUCCUGAAUCGCUGUUUCAUUUCCCGAGUACGCUGCCUGCUGGACAGCACCUCUGGCUUCCUAACAAUGCAGUUCCAGGGCCGUCUGAAGUUCCUCCAUGGCCAAAAGAAGAAAACAGGGUCAGGUGCCACCAUGCCCCCUCAGCUUGCGCUGUUCUGUGUGGCUGUGCCCCUGCUUCUGCCCUCUAUCACUGAGAUGAAGAUGAAGGGGGCAAUUCCACGGGCCAAAUACAAGAAUGGGGGCAGUGGAUUCAUCAGUGCAUCAGAGCUCAGUGACAGAGAGGAUCAUGGGAGGAGGAACUCCAUGAUGGGUGACAGAGGAGAUUCCCUACUCCUAAACUGCUCCAUCCCUACAGGCCCACUGCGCCAACAUGCCCCAUGGACACCGCUCUCCAAAGACAACGUUAAGUACAAGAGUGAAGCAUUCUACGGACAGGAUGAACCCCUCAAUUUCUGCAAGUCAUCAGCAGGGGGUCAAAGAAUCACCAAUCUCGACAACUCGUGGAUCGUGAGAGAUAAUUCGGGGGCUAUCCGAACUAACCUGUUUGCCAACAGCAGGUUGGGCAAGGUUGGCCAUUAUGGAAAACCCUACAGGAUGUCUCCGAGUUUCCACGGCAACAGGGCUGAGGUCUUCAUGCCAAAGCUUUAUGGGAGCCUGCAGCAGGCUGGGCAAGCAGACGGCUAUUGUGUGGACGGCAUUAAGAGUGAGAACGGUUAUGAAGAGCACCCCGAGUGCUAUGGCGGACGCCUUAUGGCUGAGGUGCCUAUCAAAGUGGAGCAGGACUCGGACUCCGAAAAUGGCUGUGAUGUCUAUGGCCGGCCGUGGGGGUGCCGUGAGCGCUACAACAGCGGCGGGGGUAGUUACGAUGGCCUUCAGGUGAAGGCGGAGGACGGCUUCUACGAGCAGUACUCACCCUGCCAAAGGGCCAAGGCUAACAGUGGGCCAGCAUUCAACGGCCAGUACCAGACCACAUGUGGCAGUAUGAACCGGCCCCUCAAAUGUGUCCUGAACAAGGAGUCAAUGCAGCUCAGCCCCCACAGGCUGGCACACCCUGACCAACUGUGCAGCACCCAGAGCACCAACUGCAUGGACAGCUAUGGUAGCAGCCUGGAGCACAAGGGCUACAUGCAGCCAGACUACAAACAGGGCUACGAGUUCAAAGGUCAGGGAUUGCUCCACACUAUAAAGCGAGAACCCAUGGAUUCGCCACCCUGGCAUGACAGCGGGCGUGACAUGUGCCCAAGUGGCAUCCAGCGGAACAUCAUGCCGAACUGCGUGAUGAGCACAGAGCAGCACAAAGCCAACCCCUAUAUUUAUAUGCAAUAG